CCGGCGCGCGGCCCCGGCGGGCACCCCUGGGAGGGCGGCCGAGGAAGCUCCGGGAGGCGGCGGCGGCGGCCGCGGGACCGUUCGGCCUCUUCGCCCCCUCGCAGCCUUUCUUUCGCCCUCUCCCCUCUCCCUGGGACCGCCGCCUGGGCUUUGUGCGCGGAGAUGGUGUAGCCCCCUGGCCGCCCCAGGAAGCCGCCGGCCACUCGUCCCCGGUCCCCCAGCCGCGUCCCCGCCCCUGGAGGACGGAUCCCCCCGGACUCCGCGCCUCCCGCGACUCCCGGCUGCUGGGGAAGCCUCGGCGCCGCCGGCACCAUGAGCUACUCUGCAGGCUAGGUAUCAUCCUCAUUAAUGCCCUUGCUGCUGGAGAAUUCGAGGCUAGUGAGUGAUGGAACCUGGACCUGAACCCUGCAUUGUCUCACUUGCAUACCUUGAACAGAGUAUCUGUCAGGCAAGAGCUGCCGUGAUGGUUUAUGAUGAUGCCAAUAAGAAGUGGGUGCCGGCCGGUGGCUCGACUGGCUUCAGCAGAGUCCACAUAUAUCACCACACGGGCAACAACACGUUCCGAGUGGUGGGCAGGAAGAUCCAGGACCACCAGGUGGUGAUAAAUUGUGCCAUUCCUAAAGGGUUGAAGUACAAUCAAGCUACGCAGACCUUCCACCAGUGGCGAGAUGCUAGACAGGUGUACGGUCUCAACUUUGGCAGCAAAGAGGAUGCCAAUGUCUUUGCAAGUGCCAUGAUGCAUGCCUUAGAAGUGUUGAAUUCACAGGAGACAGGGCCAACAUUGCCUAGACAAAAUUCACAGCUACCUGCCCAAGUUCAAAAUGGCCCAUCACAAGAAGAAUUGGAAAUUCAAAGAAGGCAACUGCAAGAACAGCAGCGGCAGAAGGAGCUGGAGCGGGAAAGGAUGGAGAGAGAGAGGAUGGAGAGGGAGAGGCUGGAGAGGGAGAGGUCGGAGCGGGAGCGGCUGGAGCGCGAGCGCCUGGAACAGGAGCAGCUGGAGAGAGAGCGGCUGGACCGCCUGGAGCGGGAGCGCCAGGAGCGGGAGCGGCUGGAGCGGCUGGAGCGGGAGCGCCAGGAGCAGCUGGAGCGGGAGCAGCUGGAGUGGGAGCGGGAGCGGAGAAUAUCCACCACUGCGCCACCUUCCGACAGCUCCCCGCAUAGCGCUCCACUUCCCGAGUGUGCCAGUUGCCAGCCGCCUCCGGCACCUCCUCCACCUCACGCUAAAGUCAUCUCGGCUGCAGUGCCAGAGGCCACUCCUGAUCACGCUGUAGUGACCGCUUUGCCACCUACUUCCACACCCCCUACGCCGCCGCUGCGGCACCCGGCGGCACGUUUCGCCACCUCCUUAGGGUCAGCCUUCCACCCGGUCCUCCCCCAUUACGCCGCAGCUCCUCGCCCUCCGAGCAAAGCCUCUCGGCCUUCUUCUCCCGCGAACACACCCUCUUCUCAGCCUCCAGCUGCGAAGCCCUGUGCCUGGUCCACGUCCGGUUUCUCGCCCCUCCCCCCCUCCCCCCCAGUAAUGAUCAGCAGCCCCCCAGGCAAAGCUGCGGGGCCCAGGCCUGUCCUCCCUGUCUGUGUUUCUUCUCCUGCGCCCCCACUGCCUCCGUCGCCAGCGGCACCCGACGGGCUGCUUGACUCUGUCGCGUACCCAGUGUCUCCGCCGCCUACCUCAGGGCCAGCGCCUCCGCCGCCGCCGCUGCCUCCCCUCGCUCCACUGUCACCCUGCGGACCGCAAGCCUCUCCUCCUCCGAGCACCCCUGUUGCCUCAACUCCCUCAUCCAAGCCUAGUGUUCUCCCUUCUCCCUCUGCAGCUGCCCCUGCCUCUGUGGAGACUCCUCUAAACUCUGUGCUGGGAGACUCCUCUGCUUCUGAGCCAGGCUUGCAGGCAGCCUCUCAGCCGGCCGAGACUCCAGCCCCACCGGGCGUGGUCUUGGGACCACCUGCACCUCCGCCCCCUCCUCCGCUCCCACCAGGUCCUGCCCAGGCUUCCGGGGUGCUUCCCCCUCCCCCAGGACCUCCUCCUCCUCCUCCUCCACUUCCCUCCUCAGCGCCUCCCCCACCCCCUCCUCCACCUCCUCUCCCUAACCAGGUCCCCCCUCCUCCCCCACCUCCCGCUCCUCCCCUCCCCGCCUCUGGAUUUUUUGCGGGAUCCAUGUUGGAAGACAAUCGCCCCUUGACUGGACUGGCAGCUGCAAUUGCUGGAGCAAAACUUAGGAAAGUGUCACGGAUGGAGGAUGGCUCUUUCCCCAGCGGGGGCAGCGCCACAGGCGUGAACGCGGCCUCAUCCAAGGCAGACGCGGGCCGCGGGAACGGGCCCCUCCCGCUGGGGGGCAGCGGGCUGAUGGAGGAGAUGAGCGCCCUUCUGGCCCGGAGGAGAAGAAUCGCUGAAAAGGGAUCAACAGCAGAAUCUGAGCAGAAAGAGGACAAAAACGAAGAUUCAGAGCCCAUAACUUCUAAGGCCUCUUCAACAAGUACGCCCGAACCGACGAGAAAACCCUGGGAAAGAACAAACACGAUGAACGGCAGCAAGUCACCUGUUAUCUCCAGACCAAAAUCUGCACCCUCAUCGCAGCCCAGUGCCAACGGAGUCCAGACGGAGGGCCUGGACUACGACCGGUUGAAGCAGGACAUUUUAGAUGAAAUGAGAAAAGAAUUAACGAAACUAAAAGAAGAGCUCAUCGAUGCCAUCAGGCAGGAGCUGAGCAAGUCGAAUACCGCGUAGAGAAGCAGACGAGGGAGAGAUGGGACUUUACUCUGGAGAAAGGAAAAAAAAAAAAACACCUACAGACAACAGCUGUCAGCGACACCACACCCCUGCGUUUUGUUGAGCUGUAAGAAGAUGGAGACCGUCGGAAGGAGGGAAACACCAACACACUUUGAAAACCUUCAGGCGUCAUCACUCUGGCGAUAAGCUAUUUCCCUCCCCGUCUGCUGCUGUUUUCCGACCUUUUCAACAGGAUGGAAGAGUCGUCCGUGUAAGAGUUCCUGGAACAGUGACACAGAAAAUGCUAACCAGCCCGUCAGGCAAAGAUCGCUGUGCGUUGAAAUAUUUUCAUGUCAAGAUAAACGCUCUCAUUUUCCACAAUCCAUUGCUAAAAUAAAGAGGAGAAAGGCUUAAGAAGUUUUUUCCCCAAGCGUGCUGAUGAAGAGUUCAGCGAGCUACGCCGUUGUAUUGUACAUGUUUCUCUCAGGUCUGUCUUCCUAUCAUGUUGUUCCAUGACUGUUGGGACGAGCCCUGCGUACGUGAAGACCGUCAGGCUCGGAGCAGAGGGGAUUGUUACGUGCUCUCCAAGGGUAAUAUUUAUGAGAAAGUGUCCUAAGAAAGAUUCGUCCGGCUUGAGGAAUUUUAGAAUGAUAGGAAGUCUUCUCGAGGUAGCCUUCAUGCAAUUUUUGUAGAGUACAACAUAAAAUUCGUCCAGAAUUGAAAGAUUUAGAUGCCUUCCUAAGUUGUUACAACGCUUUACCAAAUCUAUGACUCCUUACAUAACACAAACCAGUGGUCAAAUGUAAAACAAUAUAUUGUAGAUUUACUGUAGGUUUUCAACCUUUUUUAGACUUAUGCAUGUGGACAUUUUUAUAACGUAAUUACUACCACCACAAAACUAGCUUUUUUAAUCGCAGGCGGUAAUGCAUGUCACAGUAACACGCAGGGCCUUCUCCAGGCCUCGUCCCCGGGAAGACGUUUUGUAGCAUACUCUGGGGAGUGGGAGGAAGGGACGGAAUAAUUUUUUAUUUAAAGCUAAUUUCUGCACUAUCUUUUUUUCUCGAUUACCUGCAUGAAAAAUGACGAGGACUAUUUUGUGACUUUAAUUGGUUAAAUAUGUUAACAGAACCGCGUACUUAAUCUUUGACAUCAUGUCUUCAGCUCUUUGUAUUUGAACUUCUGUCAUUUCAACGGUCUGAAACAUGAUUCGGCGCUUC